UCCGUUCCAGUCACAAGGAAAGAAUAAGGAGACGAUCGGGAGUCUACUUACACCGAUCUGCAGACACUGCAGAGUACCGGAGUGGAUGCGGAAUCCAGAGGAUCGAACAAAAGAAUCCAGAGUCGCAGCUUAUCGGAAAGAGUGGUGAUGGGAAGGAUGGGUAGGGGAAUCGUAAGCGGUUGAAGAUCUCUAUUCCUCAUUUUGACAACUCUGAUCUGGUUAAGAGUUACUCGAAGACUCUGAUCGGGAGAUGUAUGAAUCCGGCGAACCAAGAUGGCGCGGCUCUGCUGGUGAUGUUACCGAAAAUUUGGAAGGUGGAAGAGAGAGUGGUGGGAGCGGACCUGGGAAUGGGACGGUUCCAGUUUCAUUUUGAUAAAGAGGAAGACAUUCUGGCGGUAUUGGAGAUGCAGCCAUAUCAUUUCGAUUAUUGGAUGAUAGCGCUCGCUAGGUGGCAACCAAAGAUGAUGAGAGACUUUCCUUCAGAGAUCCCUUUUUGGAUCAAGAUUGAGGGUGUCCCCACAGAGUUUUGGUCAACUCCAACGUUCCAGAGCAUUGGCGAUGCUAUUGGUGAGACUACAGAUGUGGAUCUCGAUUAUGGAAAGAUGCGGGUGAUCAUAGAUGGAUGCAAGGAGUUGUGUUUUGAGACAACGGUUGAUUUCAAAGGUGGAGAAUACUAUGAGGAAGAGGAGGCUCUUGUCACGUUAAAGUUUGAAAAGUUGUUUGGGCACUGCUCUCUCUGUCUCAAUCUUUGCCAUGAUUUGGGGAGCUGCCCUUUGAAUCCAAACCCGGAGAAGAAGAAGGAGGGCAGGGAGGGUGCUGCUGUCAGAAAGGAUGAUCGAGCAAGGAGUUAUAAGGGAGUCGUGAUCAAUGGAGAGGGGACUCAUCAAGAGAAUGACAAGGAUACAAGGAGAUACCAAGGUAAGGGGAAAGGAAAGAUGUACGAGGAACAAGAAUCAAGGUGGGAACGGGUGUCGGAACGAGGAAGUAAAAGAUCCUUCUCAAACCGCAAUCACAACAAACUUGAGGACGGAGGCUCCAGGAACCGCAACUCUCGGUGGGAACAAACAAGACGACAUUUAGAGGAGGAGAGGAGUCGACCAUCUCGUGCAAUGCGUGGAGAAAGAACCCCACCACGAGGUGAAAGAAGUACGGUGAGCAGGAACAGAGAGGAGCCACGUGAAGAAGGAGAAAUAAGGUUUGAUGGGAGUGAUAGGGGGAGGUUGCAAGAUGUGGAGAUUUUUCCACCGGGACCUGUACAGGAGACAUCUCCACUCCCCGGUGAUCCUGAUCAGGUAAAUUUAAUUACGGGAGAGUUAGAAAAUGGUUUGGAUCUGGUUAGCGAGUUUUUAGAAGAUG